CUGACUUUCCUCCCGCCUCCAUCCUGGCUUUUAUAAUUCUACACUUCGCCAUCGUCGGCGUCGUCCCCGUCGUCGUCGACAGUCUCCCCUAAUGUCCCCCUUUCACCGCCUCGGUGUCUGGUAUGAUAAGUUCUCCGCAUUCAAAGUAGAGUCUCUCUUUUCCAGGAAGCGCAAGGAGCUCUCUCCUCGGGCAGUCUUUGUUCACGAACCACUGCCAGCGCACUAUUAUGACCACAAGAAUAGGAUCAAGAAAGAGUAUGUCUACCCCUCGAACCAGGUCAUCACCUCCAAGUACACCAUCAUCACUUUCUUGCCCCGGAACCUCCUAGAACAGUUUCGGAGGAUUGCAAACUGUGCCUGGUCUUUUAUAGGACCCUUGUUUAUAGUCGUCAUCCGUUCUUAAGUGGGAGGCGCAGCUCUUUCUGGGCAAGGAGCUCAGUGGUGUUGAGCAGCGUCUGAAUAGCCCCCGGCGGCGCGCAGGGAUGUUAUCGAGCUUGGUGGCGCGCAGGGGAUUGUGCACUUCAACGACGUCGAAACUCUUGAUGGAAAUGCCCUGGUUCCCGUAUCAUAUAUCAUACUGCAUAUUGUCAAUGAUGUCGAACUCGUCUGCGUCGAGGAUGCUAACACUACCUUCUCUUCUCCUUGUGUUCACACAUUGUGCUUUCGUUUCGCACUUAUGAUUUCGCUGAUACAUUAUUCACAGCUUCUUCCUUGCCAUCGCCAUUUUACAAUUCUUCUCCAUCUUCUCCACGGUGUCCCCAGGUCUUGUGAUCCUCCCUCUCCUCGUUGUCCUAUUUAUCACCGCAGCCAAAGAUGGAUACGAAGACAUCAAGCGGCAUCAGUCAGAUCGCGCGGUCAACUACUCCCAAACAAGGGUCCUCGCCGGUGGUGACUGGGAGAACCCGAACCCGAUGCAGCGCAAGAGCAAAACCUUUGUGAGAGGGUUUACUCCGAAAUUCGUGAAGAGAAAGCGCAGGUCGAGCAGGAGGAGAAGUGGGGCUGCUGCUGAGGUUGAAUAUUUGGAACAUGGGGUUCCGCCUGAGGGGUUCUCUGUUCAGGGGUUGGAACCUGAGGAAUAUCCUCCGCCUCAGUACACUGACGAAGAAGGGAUCGAGUACGAUGACGGAGAGGAGGUUGAAGGCACUGGUCAUCAUCGGCAUCACCUCCUUCACCGAUCAGAAUCAGGUCAGUGGAGGAAACGUCCGCAUUGGAAGUUGACCACUUGGGAAGAUGUACGAGUAGGUGACGUCGUCAAGAUCAUGGACGGCGAAUCUAUUCCUGCAGACGUCCUCAUCUGCGCUUCCUCCGAAGACGAAAACGUCGCGUUUGUCGAGACCAAGAAUCUAGACGGCGAGACCAACUUAAAGUCUCGUUCCGCCGUUCCCGUGCUCACCCAUCUCCGUUCGGCACAAGCCUCUGCAGCUCGGAAGAGCGCAUUCCAUGUAGAAUGUGGACCGCCGGACACGAAUCUAUACAGAGUGGAGGCGGCAGUGGUAACUCCGGAUGAGCAGAAGAGUCCCGUCGAUAUCUCCAUGAUGCUGCUACGGGGAACAGUUUUGCGGAAUACAGACUGGGUGAUUGGGAUUGUGUUGUUCACAGGUCAGGAUACCAAGAUCGUCAUGAAUUCGGGCAACACACCGAGUAAGCGGAGUCGGGUCGAGAGGCAAAUGAACCCGCAAGUCUUCAUCAACCUAAUUCUAUUGGCCAUGGCUGCCGUCGCCUGUGGUGUUGUCGAUGCCAUCCUCGAACAACGUAAUUAUCCUAGGGGUGCACCUUGGCUUUUUGGUGCCACCCUGAACGAUGAUAACCCUAAAAUCAACGGUCUCGUCACAUGGGCGUUUGCCCUGAUCACCUUCCAGAACAUCGUUCCCAUAUCACUCUACAUCUCCAUCGAAGCCGUUCGUACGGUCCAAGCACUUUGGAUCUAUUUCGACAAGGAAAUCUACUACGAGAAAACUGACCAGGCCACUCUGGCUCGGUCUUGGAACUUGUCAGAUGAUCUAGGACAAAUCGAGUACAUCUUUUCGGACAAGACAGGGACGUUGACUCAAAAUGCCAUGGUGUUCAGACAGUGCAGUAUUGGUGGGAAGGUGUACAAGGGCGAUCCGGAACCUGAAGACAUGCCUGCCAAAGGAUAUCCCGUGCCCGAGGACAAUGCUUCUGGGUCACAGCACAAGUUGUCUGGCAGCAACUCACCGGGGACGGACUCCGACUCAACGGACCCCAAGAAGGCCAUGGCUGUCAAGCUCUCUGACGGUGUCUUGCAUCAUUUCAGAGAUUCGGAUUUGACAACGGACUUGAAGGCUGCUGCUGAGAGCCCUCCCCGAUCUCCUCAAGAUCCUAGAAUACUCAACGGCUUUUGGACCGUCUUAGCCUUGUGUCACACGGUGCUCACUUCCGUCGAUCCCGAGACUAAAGCCAUCGAGUACAAAGCCCAAUCUCCUGACGAGGCAGCACUUGUGCAAGCAGCCGCUGACGUCAAGUUCGUCUUUCGGGGACGCGAGCGAGAAAUUCUCACGCUCACAACACCUUUCUCUGAAAAACCUGAACGAUAUGAGCUCCUCAAUGUGCUAGAAUUCAACUCGACUCGGAAGCGGAUGAGUGUCAUCGUUAGGAAACAGGACGAGGAGCCUUCCAGGAUUCUAUUACUGACCAAGGGUGCGGAUAAUGUUAUCUUUGAGAGACUCGGCCGCGGGAACGAAGAGCUGAAGGAGAUCACUGAGAAGCAACUUGGCGAGUUCGCGAGCGACGGGUUGAGGACGCUUACUUUGGCGUACCGCGUCAUUCCAGACGCGGAGUACGAGGAGUGGAGCGAGCGUUACCGUGAGGCUACCGUCUCUUUGGACGAUAGGGAGAAACGAGUGGAGGAGCUUUCUCAAGAGCUCGAACAUGAUUUGCGUCUCCUUGGUGCCACUGCUAUUGAAGAUCGUCUGCAAGACGGUGUUCCUGAGACUAUCGCCGAUCUCAAGGAAGCGGGAAUCAAGAUCUGGGUCGCCACUGGUGACAAGCUAGAGACUGCCAUUGCUAUCGGUCACAGUACUAACCUCAUUGGACGAGACGACAACAUCAUCAUCGUACGUGGUGGUGGCGCGCGAGACGUCUACUCCCAAAUGUGGGGCGCGGUGAAACAGUUCUUCCCUGACAGCACUAUCCUGUCAGACCAAAACAUGCAGGAGAACGCGCCAACUGCUUCUCGACCAUCUGACUCUUUUUCACUUCACCGAGUCAAUACAGGAGUUACCGACAUUGUCGGACACGAUAACGGUCAACGACCUGGAGGGUUCGUUCUCGUCAUUGACGGAUCGGCACUAGCGGACGCGUUCAGUGACGAGCUUCACAAGGACUUGUUGCUGCGUUUGGCUAUGCACUGCGAGGGUGUGAUUUGCUGUCGUGUGUCCCCAAUACAAAAGGCUUUGAUCGUGAAGCUUGUGAAGGAUGGUUUGGGUGCUAUGACGCUGGCUAUUGGAGAUGGCGCGAACGAUGUCAGUAUGAUUCAAGCUGCUGAUGUCGGUGUUGGUAUCUCUGGUGAGGAGGGUCUUCAAGCUGUCAACUCUUCGGAUUACGCUAUCGCGCAGUUCCGAUUCUUGAAGAGACUGCUGCUGGUCCAUGGGCACUGGUCAUACUAUCGUAACGGGAAUAUGAUCGUCAACUUCUUCUACAAGAACAUUGUUUGCGUUGGCGCCUUGUUUUGGUUCAUGAUCUAUUGCGCUUGGAGUAGUCAAUACCUCUUCGAGUAUACUUACCUCCUGUUCUGGAACUCAUUCUGGACUAUCCUUCCCGUCAUUGCAAUGGGUCUCUUCGACCGUAUCGUGGACGAUCAUGUUCUGAUGGACCUGCCUGAAUUGUAUGCUCACCCGCGACGAGGAGAGUACUUUAGCCUCAAGUUGUUUGUUAUCUAUAUGAUCGAUGGCGUUUACCAGUCGGCCAUCAUAUUCUUCCUGCUGGUGUACACCUAUUGGACGACGACCUCCAGGACUGACGGUUAUGCAGUUUACCAGUACGAGUUUGCGACAACGAUUGCCAUUGCUGCCGUCAUGGUUGUGACGCUCUUCAAUGGUUUGAAUAUCGCAGCCUGGACAGUCUGGGUAUUCUGGGCGCUAGGUAUAGAAAUCGUCUUGAUCUGGGCGUACACUGCUAUCUACUCUGUUAUUUCUCCUGGAUGGUUCACCACCCCUAUCUUUGGCAACGAUCACUACCUCUUCACAUCGGCCUACUUCUGGCUUGGCAUGCUCCUUGUCAUCCCACUCUCCCUCUUACCUCGCUAUGCCGCAAAAGCAUACAAGUUUAUCUUCACACCGAGCGAUAUCGAUACCGUGCGAUACAUCCACAAACUGCAUCCAGAGCGCGACUUCGCUCGUGACCGGCAAAGAGGCGGUGUCGCCCAUCUUCGACGCACUCCGAGUGCUCGUUCACAACAUCUCCGCCGCAAAGGCGUUGCUGCCCGAACCGAUAUGUCCACAGGCAUUCGUUCUGUCCAUCAUGGCUUUGACUUCGCAAUGGAAGAAGGUGGACCUGCGCUACGAAGACUACAAAGCAAUCUAUCUGAACGUAGUGCACCAGCUCAUCGUCGGAAACGGAACGCAUCUUCAUUCAUCCCAUCGUUCUCCUUACCUCAAUCGAUACGAAGGAAAAAGCCUCCCACAUCCCCACCUAUACAUCCGCAUGACGAUCCGCCGUCUUCGCAUUAGUACCAUUUCGUCGAUUUGGAUUUCUAUUGCUGCCAUGUUGUCUAAGUAUAUUUUUCGUCUUCGUUCUCUAUUCCUCGCCACAGCAUCUAAGUAUCAUUGCAUUGUCCUAUAUUCCCCGCUGCUCGCCAUCUACGUAUUUUUACUCCAAUCCCAUCCUGUAUCAAUUCGGCUUUCUCUGUUCUCGCAUAUGGAACUUCACGAUAUUAAUGAAUGCUGAACAGUCUUAACUAGCUUGUGUAGUUUCCCCUUCUGAGACUCGUUGUGUUGUGAUUUAAAUGAUGUAUGUAUAUAUUUCGUUGUACAAUUUGUCCAGGGUUUCAAGACCCUGAAUACAAGAACUUCUAUCCUAUCGUACUGUAUAUCCGUCUCUAUUUCAUCCUUAAGUCCGUCUUU